AUGGCGGACUCUAUCGACACAUCUGGCAAAUCGUCUAUCGAGAUUCUCAAAGGCGAGCGUCAUGACAUGAUAGCUCAAGCAAUAUUGAACAUCCUUUCGACAGAGAUUGCGCAGAGCACUUUUGCACAAAUCGUGGAUGGACUUCCACUUCCAUCGGUCCUUGAAGAUACCUACGUUGGAUCGGACUUGGAGCCGGACCAUCCCUUAUUUUCUCAUGAGUCACUAUGUCCCGGCGUCCUGCAAAAGACAAAAGAGCUUUUGGAGAAAUUUGACGUCAAGAAUUUGAAGUUCGAUACGUCGGUAGAACAUGCGCACCAACCAGGAUCAAGCUCGCUCAAAGCCCGCUUCUUUGAAUUGAUAGCUGUCGCGGUCCACAAAAUUGCCAAAUGGCUCUAUCGGCUCGACAGCAAAGGUCACCAGGACGAAACCAUCGAAACAUGGGUCCCUCCUAAGAAUAAGGACUGGGCAUGGUGCUGGGAUCACCAUCCCCGCGGACCAUACCCGACUCUUUUCAAACACCGCUACUACUUUGAUUACGAAAAAUAUCCCGAUGGUGUUGCUGACAUGGUCGGGUACUGGGCCGAGACGCGGGUCCUUGGAGGCGUUAUCUUGUUCGAUAGAAAGGCCAAGCCACCAUCGGAUGCUGUGUUUAUCCAUCCUGACCGCGAAGCGGUUACUUAUAGAGUAUGUGAGCUGACGGAGGAACAAAAGACCGAUCUGAUAAUGUUCCUCCUCACUCCGUCAUCAGAAAGAGGCAGCCCCCAAUGCCCUCUGCCUAUUACCCCGAACGAGAGCAAUACCCACCGUAUCGACCCAGAGGAACCUAUAUCUUGGACCGGCGUAUAUCGAGACAUAUGGGAGAGAGAGCCCCAUCCUGAUGAGCUGGGCGAUGGUAGAUGCAGAGAUGUGUGGUGCAAGGGUGACGAGGUCAACUUUUUGACAUUUGAGGCGUACCAGGAAGCACGUGGCCGAUACUUCUCGAGUGCACCAUCACUACCGUGCGCGAGCUUGGGAUCAGUCACGACAAUUCGAAAUACGCACCUGCUCCACCAUCUGCAGCACAGCCCGCAUGUUGUAUUGAGGGACAUGCUCUCGGUCGGGGCGGGCCACGAUGCCUUGAAAAGUGCGAUCUUGUGA